UCUCUUUUUUCCUCUAAUCUCUUCUUUUUCAUUAAAAACAUCAAGCUAAUGAGUUCCAAUUCUCUUCAUUGAUGACAAAUGGUUUUCAAUAAGGUGUUCUUCUUCUUCUACAACAACUUCAUGGGCUUCCGAAGUAGGCUGAGAUGCAAGCAAGCAACCCCACUUCCUCACGGUGGAAAUUUGAGCCUUCGACCUAUUACACCUGAUGAUUGUGCUAUUGUAACUCUUUCGAGCCCCGAGAAGGCAUUGGAGGGCGAGACAUGUUGCGUGUGCUUGUCAAGUAUGGGGAACAAGGAUGGGGAUAGAGACAAGGGGGUUGGCACAAGCACGAGUGUUCUUCCUUGCUUGCACGAGUUUCAUAAGGUAUGCGUCGAUCGAUGGUUUGAAGAGUGUCGGAGAACUUGUCCGAUAUGUCGAUAUUCGAUGGAAGGAGGAGGGAGUCAUGAAGAUGGGACUAAUCAAAUACUCACUGAUGAGAUGGUGAUAUGGUUUUCUUCUUUCCACACCUCUGGUUUUUGAGCUCUUUUGCUUUGUUAAUUACAUCUUAUUCAAAAAGCUAUGAAGCUUUUGCAAAAAUGCUUCCCUUUUGAGAUCCCAACCAGGUAAAAUCAAUAUGAUUUUGACUAAUGUCAGUUGGAUGGCUCU